AUGGAGUUAGAAAAGCACAGCGAUGUUAAAAGCAAAAGGAGAUACUUCAAUCAGACCUCGCAUCUUUUUUCUUAUUCUGAGGAAGCUGAGCACAUGCUCGUUGGAGACGUUGCAGCGGGAGCUAACCCCUCUGGUUUUGGCCAGUCAUGUUCCGUCAAUGUUUCAGAAUUAAAAUUGUCAGAGGAAAGUUUACCUUAUUUAAGUUCAUCUUUAGAUGCAGAUAUCGAAAUGUAUAAUAAAAAGAGAAUGAGAAUUUGCUGUGCACAGGUAGAUGAAAGCAAGAAAGAAGACGGUAUGUUGGGAAGGGCACGUGACAAUACACACUUUAAUUGCGGGGUGUGUGAUGAUUGCAGACAAAGCUGUUUAGGUGAAGAUUCACAGCUGGAGUAUCUUAGUGCUAAUGAGCAAGAUUUUGAUUAUGGGAAUAGCUCAAGUGAGUUUUCUGAGCAAAAGGAAACUAUAGGAAUCGAAGCCUUAAAGCUGAUAGAUCCAGUUCAUGAAGUUCCAGGGGGUGGAGUCACAAAGGAGCAAAAUCUCGUUGAUGUGUCAGAAGAUGGUUGUGCUUCCAAGUAUGGCAUAGGUGACCAGACCUGCCCAGAAGCAGUGAUGCCAGAGCUUCCCCACCUGCUUCAGGACUCUCUGCCAGAUUGUAAUGGCGUGACUUGUGAUCAUCAGAGGGAGCAAACAGAGUAUCAUAGCGUUGCUUAUGGAAGUAUACUUGAAAGUCAUUCUUGUGGGACUAAAGAAAGGGCCUGUCCAAAUCUGCUUGUAUGUGACAGUGUAGAAAACAGCGAGGUGAAAGUCAUCCCACUGAUUGAUGGCACGCUGCCACCCCAAGUGGCUACAACUGAGGAAGUGUCUGAAAACAAUGACAGACAAUCACAGCAUCUCAGUGAAGCAAGACAGCCCUUUGCUCUCACCACAGGAGAGGGCUCCUGCAGAGCCAUGCAAUUUUGUGAACGUGCAGAGGACUCUGCUUUCUACAGUUGUGAAGAAUCUGUUGUGUGCACAAGUGGUGCCAGCUGUAUUGACUGCACUGCAAAGGAUGCUGAAACCCCAUUUCCAGUCUCUGCAAUUUUCACUAGCAAGAAUCCCUUUUCUGAGGUGGAAGUUGCAGAUAAAUCCUCCCAUGGAAAUACCAGCUCUCUGAACUCGGAGUUGAAACAUCGUCAAAACUUGAAAAACGUUACCAGUGACUCUGUGGUUAAUCAGGCUGUUGAUGUGAGUUCUGAUUUUAGAGCUUGCUUUACAACAAGCAGAAGUACCAGUGCUGGGGUUUGUAUCUCAUCCAGGGCUAUUAAUACAGACAUAACAAUGAUGAACAAAUCUCGACCCGUGGGAUGGCACCGUGAGACCUGUGCAGACGUUGCUUGCAAUACAGACUGGUCAUGUGGAGCCAGUAAUAAAGAGGAAAUUUGGCCACAGCUUACUGAGAUGCUGGAAGAACACUCAGAUGGCAAUACUGCAACAGCUGAAAGAAGUUCACAAAUUCAGGAACAGUGGGAAUCAAAAAAUGAGCUUUGCAGCAGCAAUUUAAAGAUAAGCACUGACAGGCUGGUACACCUCGACAAACAAGCCAUGAAGAAUUCUGCAUCAAGCUACUGUCAAAAAAUACUGCAGAGAGCAAUUGAAGCAGAACUGCAGAUUCUAAGCACUCAUUAUCAGAUGUGCUAUCAGCACUGCUUGAAGAUUUACAAACUGGCUCUGGAGGAAAACCUGUGUUUUAGCAGAUGUAAUGGAAAUACUGAAUUAAGAUCAUCUCUCAUGUUGGUUUUGGAAGAGCUAAAAAAGAAUUACAACAGUAUGAGAAUUAAAAUAAAAAUGGGCAUACCUUUAAAUGCGCUUCCACCGCUAUCAGUUGAGAUGAAGUUGUUUCCAAUCUCCUCUUCUUAUGUCCCAUGCAAGUUGUUCAGAGAGGAUCUUUGCUAUGAACAGAUGUAUGAUACUACAUAUUCAAGAAUCAUGUCCAGUUACUUCAUUUCUGUUUCAGGCGCAAGAAGAGCUUGCUUUGAAGUGCAAGAAAGGAAAACUUCUGUCAGCAUGGACAAUCCACAGACUGUAUGUAUAACUGAUCUCGGUCAGCCAAGUGACUCUACUUCCUCCAAGACAUUUGAAGAACAACCUAAAGAUCAGGAUGUGGAAUGUGGCUGUGUGAAAAAUGAAGAAAGGAAUGAACGUUGGUUUGAUGCUAAAGAGGACUUGACAGUAACAGAUUUUUCAGUAAUAUCUGAAGAAACAAAAAAGCAACAAGAAAAACAAGACACAGUUGAUUCAAGAGAAGCGAAGAUAAUGGAGAGUGGAAAUGAGUGUUCUUUUAUUCACGUUGGUGGCCUAAGUUCCUCAGUGUCAGAGGGUGACCUAAGAGCACAUUUCCAGAAGUAUCAGAUUUCUGACACUGUCAUCUCUGUGGAUUCUAGUAACUACAGAUACGCGUUUCUUUCCUUUAAAGACGCUAAUAAAGCAAAGUUAGCUGCAGAGGAAAUGAACCAGAAAAAAAAAAAAGGAAAACCAGUAAGUGUUGAACUUGUAAAUGCUUCAUCAGAGAAUAAAUACCAAGUACUUGGAAACAAGCUUCAGCAUGAAAUCCAACCUGUUGAUAACAGUCGAAGAAAUGAUCAAGAUAAAACGCUCACUUCAGCCUCCAAUUCUGUGAAAGCACCUGACGCUACCUCUGCUUCUGUGAAAGUGCAUCUCCUUCCCAUAACUACUUCAAAAAUUUCUUGCUCUGCACAAGUACCUUCAGAAGCAAAGUGCCCUGGUCCGAAAUCAUCUACUGAAGAUUCAGUACAUUGCUUGCUUGGAGUUAAUCAAAAGGAUACUGGAGAAAAUUUCCUGCAGAAAACAUCUGCUCCUUUCUCCACCAAUUCAUAUGAUGCCUUUAUUUCUCCUAAUACAUUGAACUUGACCAGCUUUAGCAAAUUAAUGAAGAAACUUCAAGAAAUUCAUCCAGAGGCUAGCAGAGACAAAAUUGUGGAUGCUCUCCUGGAGGUGAGGAAAAACAACAAAGGUAUCCUGAGUGGCUUGUCCAUCAAUUCUAUUGUGGAAAGGACCUCUGUCAUUCUAAGGAAAUCAAUGCCCAGUUGUGGGUGGGAAAAGCGAUGUAAAUAA